GAGGCGCCGGGAGCAGUUCCCACUGACCCGGGGCAGAGCUAUCCAGGAGUGUCGGAGCCCCGUGCCGCCUGCGGCCGCGGAACCCGCCGAGCCCAGGACGAAAACGCCCUCGGGUCGGAAGCGAGAGCCCCCAGCGCAGGCGGUGCGUUUCCUGCCCUGGGCCACGCCGGGCCAGGAGAGCGCUACAGGGGUACAGACCUUGGAGAAAAACAGGGCGGGGCCGGAGGCGGAGAAGAGGUUGCGCAGAGGGCCUGAGGAGGACGGGCCCUGGGGGGCUUGGGACCGCCGAGGGGCCCGCAGCCAUGGCAAAGGUCGCCGGCCACGGCCCACCUCGCCAGAACUCGAGUCUUCGGACGACUCCUAUGUGUCAGCUGGAGAAGAGCCCCUGGAGGCGCCCCUGUUUGAGAUCCCCCUGCAGAACGUGGCGGUAGCCCCAGGAGAAGAUGCGCUGCUCAAGUGUAUUAUCACAGCCAACCCCCCGCCCCAAGUGUCCUGGCAGAAGGAUGGGUCAGCACUGGGAAGCAAUGGCCGCUUGCUCAUCCGGGCGGAAGGCGAGAGGCACACCCUGCUGCUACGGGAGGCCCGGGAGGCUGACGCCGGGAGCUAUGCGGCCAUCGCCACCAACGAGCUGGGCACAGCCCGCUGUGCGGCUGCCCUGGCUGUGAGACCCGGCGGGUCCACGUCCCCUUUCAGCAGCCCCAUCACCUCUGAUGAGGAGUACCUGAGUCCCCCAGAGGAGUUCCCGGAGGAGCCCGGGGAGAGCUGGCCCCUCCUUGCCACCAUGAAGCCCAGUCCCAGCCAGAACCACCGCUCCUUCGACACUGGUUCCAAGGCACCCCCCACCUUCAAGGUCUCACUCAUGGACCAGUCGGUAAGAGAAGGCCAGGAUGUCACCAUGAGCAUCCGUGUUCAGGGGGAGCCCAAGCCAGUGGUCUCCUGGCUGAGGAACCGCCAGCCCGUACGCCCAGACCAGCGGCGCUUCGCGGAGGAGGCAGAGGGUGGGCUAUGCCGGCUGCGGAUCUUGGCGGCCGAGCGUGGCGAUGCUGGCUUCUACACCUGCAAAGCAGUCAAUGAGUAUGGAGCCCGGCAGUGCGAGGCCCGCCUGGAGGUCCGAGCACACCCCGAAAGCCGGUCCCUGGCUGUGCUGGCCCCCCUGCAGGACGUGGACGUGGGGGCCGGGGAGAUGGCACUGUUUGAGUGCCUUGUGGUGGGCCCUGCCGACGUGGAGGUGGACUGGCUGUGCCGUGGCCGCCUGCUGCAACCCGCCCUGCUCAAAUGUAAGAUGCAUUUCGACGGCCGGAAAUGCAAGCUGCUGCUGACCUCGGUGCACGAAGAUGACAGCGGCGUCUACACCUGCAAACUCAGCACGGCCAAAGACGAGCUGACGUGCAGCGCCCGGCUGACGGUGCAACCCUCGCUGGCGCCCCUGUUCACACGGCUGCUGGAGGACCUGGAGGUGCUGGAGGGCCGCUCGGCCCGCUUUGACUGCAAGAUCAGCGGCACUCCGCCCCCCUCGGUUUCCUGGACUCACUUUGGCCGGCCCGUGGAGGAGAGUGAGAACCUGCGUCUGCGGCAGGACGGGGGCCUGCACUCACUGCACAUCGCCCACGUGGGCAGCGAGGACGAGGGGCUCUAUGCGGUCAGUGCCACCAAUACCCACGGCCAGGCCCACUGCUCGGCCCAGCUCUAUGUGGAGGAGCCUCGGACAGCCACCUCGGGCCCCAGCUCAAAGCUGGAGAAGAUGCCGUCCAUCCCCGAGGAGCCCGAGCAGGGUGAACUGGAGCGGCUGUCCAUACCCGACUUCCUGCGGCCGCUGCAGGAUCUGGAGGUGGGGCUGGCCAAGGAGGCCCUGCUGGAGUGCCAGGUGACCGGCCUGCCAUACCCCACCAUCAGCUGGUUCCACAAUGGGCACCGCAUUCAGAGCAGCGAGGAUCGGCGCAUGAUGCAGUACAGGGACGUGCACCGCUUGGUGUUCCCCGCCGUGGGGCCCCAGCAUGCCGGCGUCUACAAGAGCGUCAUUGCCAACAAACUGGGCAAAGCUGCCUGUUACGCUCACCUUUAUGUCACAGACGUGGUUCCAGGUCCUCCAGACGGGGCCCCACAGGUGGUGGCUGUGACCGGACGCAUGAUCAGGCUCCACUGGAACCCCCCCAGAAGUCUGGACAUGGCCAUCGACCCGGACUCGCUGACAUACACAGUGCAGCACCAGGUGCUGGGAUCCGACCAGUGGACAGCACUGGCCACGGGCCUACGGGAGCCUGGCUGGGCAGCCAUGGGGUUGCGGAAGGGCACCCAGCACAUCUUCCGGGUCCUCAGCACCAGUGGCAAGAGCAGCAGCAAGCCCUCACCCCCCUCUGAGCCCGUGCAGCUACGGGAGCAUGGCCCACCCCUGGAUGAGGCCCCCGUCGUGCUGGACAAGCCGGACAUCGUAUACGUGGUAGAAGGGCAGCCUACCAGUGUCACCGUCACCUUCAACCACGUGGAGGCCCAGGUCGUCUGGAGGAGCCGUCGAGGGGCCCUGCUGGAGGCCCGGGCAGGUGUGUACGAGCCAAGCCAGCCGGAUGACAAUCAGUACUGCCUUCAGAUCUGCCGGGUGAGCCGCCGGGACUUGGGGCCCCUCACCUGCACGGCUCGCAACCGCCAUGGCACACAGGCCUGCUCCGUCACCCUGGAGCUGGCAGAGGCCCCGCGGUUCGAAUCCAUCAUGGAGGACGUGGAGGUGGCGACUGGGGAGACUGCGCGCUUCACCGUGGUGGUCGAGGGGAAGCCCCUGCCAGAUGUCAUGUGGUACAAGGGAGAGGAGCUGCUUCAGGAGAGCAGUCACGUGAGCUUCGUGGACGAGGAAAACGAAUGGUCCCUGGUGGUGGUCAGCGCCUCGGCUCAGGACGGGGGCGUCUACACCUGUACUGCGCAAAACCUGGCGGGCCAGGUCUCCUGCAAGGCCGAACUGACUGUGCAAUCCGCCCCGACAGCUAUGGAAGUCGAGGGGGCUGGGGAGGAGGAGGAACCAAGAGGGAAGAGGCUCAGUGACUUCUAUGACAUCCACCAGGAGAUCGGCAGGGGUGCCUUCUCCUACCUGCGCCGUGUGCUGGAGCGGAGCUCGGGCCUGGAGUUUGCAGCCAAGUUCAUCCCCAGCCGGGCCAAGCCGAAGGCAUCGGCGAGGCGGGAGGCCGGGCUGCUGGCCAGGCUGCAGCACGACUCUAUCAUCUAUUUCCACGAGGCCUUUGAAAGGCGCCGAGGGCUGGUCAUUGUCACCGAGCUCUGCACAGAGGAGUUGCUGGAAAGAAUGGCCAGGAAGCCCACCGUGUUUGAGUCUGAGAUCCGGACUUACAUGCGGCAGGUGCUUGAGGGAAUAGGUUACCUGCACCAGAACCAUGUGCUUCACCUGGAUGUCAAGCCCGAGAACCUGCUGGUCUGGGACGGGGCGGAGGGUGAAGAGCAGGUGCGAAUCUGCGACUUCGGGAACGCCCAGGAGCUGACCCCGGGAGAACCCCAGUACUGCCAAUAUGGCACACCUGAGUUUGUGGCACCUGAGAUUGUCAACCAGACCCCUGUGUCCAGAGUCACUGACAUCUGGCCCGUGGGUGUCAUGGCCUUCCUCUGUCUGACCGGGAUCUCCCCCUUUGUUGGGGAAAAUGAUCGGACAACGUUGAUGAACAUCCGGAACUACAAUGUGGCCUUUGAGGAGAUCACCUUCCUGAGCCUCAGCAGGGAGGCCCGGGGCUUCCUCAUCAAAGUGCUGGUGCAGGACCAGCUGAGGCCAACAGCAGAGGAGACUCUAGAGCAUCCAUGGUUCAAAGCCCAGGCCCAGGGUGCGGAGGUUAGUACAGACCACCUGAAGCUGUUCCUCUCCCGGCGUAGGUGGCAGCGCUCCCAGAUCAGCUACAAGUGCCACCUGGUACUGCGCUCCAUCCCCGAGCUGCUGCGGGCACCCCCGGAGAGGGUGUGGGUGGCUGUGCCCAGACGCUCGCCCCCCAGUGGGGGGCUCUCCUCCUCUUCAGACUCAGAGGAGGAAGAGCUGGAGGAACUGCCCUCGGUGCCCCGACCGUUACAGCCUGAGUUCUCUGGCUCCCGGGUGUCCCUCACCGACAUUCCCACUGAGGAUGAAGCCCUGGUGACCCCAGAGGCAGGGGCUGGGGCCCCCAUGGACUGGCAGGAGCAUGGAAAGGUCCCCUCUGAGGACCAGGAGACCUCCAGCCCCCAGGCCCUCCCCUCCCCAGGCCAGGAGUCCCCUGCUGGGCCCAUCCCCCGGCGGGGCGAGCUCCGUAGGGGCAGCUCAGCUGAGAGUGCCCUGCCCCAGGCCUGGCCGCGGGAACCGGGCCGGGGCCUGCACAAGGCGGCGUCUGUGGAGCUGCCGCAGCGCCGGAGCCCCAGCCCGGGGGCCACGCGCCUGGCCCGGGGCGGCCUGGGAGAGGGCGAGUAUGCCCAGAGGCUGCAGGCCCUGCGCCAGCGGCUACUUCGGGGAGGCCCCGAGGACGGCAAGGUCAGCGGCCUCAGGGGCCCCCUGUUAGAGAGCUUGGGAGGCCGAGCCCGGGACCCCAGGUUGGCGCGGGCGGCUUCCAGCGAGGCGGCACCCCAGCACCAGCCUCCGCCUGAGGCCCGGGGCCUACAGAAGAGCAGCAGCUUCUCGCAGGGGGAGUCGGAGCCCCGGGGCCGGCAUCGCCGCGCAGGGGCGCCCCUGGAGAUCCCUGUGGCCCGUCUCGGGGCUCGGAAACUGCAGGAGUCGCCCUCCUUGUCGGCCCUCAGCGAGGCCCAGCCACCCAGUCCAGCGGGGUCUGGGGCCUCCAAGCCCAGUGUCCCCAAACCUGCAGAACCCCCUGCUACCAAGCCCGGAGAUGUCCAGACGUCCUCGGCACCCCAGCCCGUCCAAGACAAGGUCCCAGGGCCAGACCCGGAGCCAGUCCGGGUGGCCCAGCCUGCGCAGCCCCUUGCGGCUCCCAAGAGCCCUGCGCCGCCGCCCACGCCUUAUGCCCACAUCAUGCAGUCGCUCCAGGUGCCCGGCCACGCCCCAGCGCCCCCCCAGGAGGCCCAACCCCACGCGGCCGUGUUUGCCAGGGUGGCCUCCCCACCCCCCGGGAUCCCCGAGAAGCGGGUGCCAACAGUCAGGGUGACCCCAGGGGUAGCCGAGAAAGUCCGGGUGCCCACGGUGCCCCCAAGACCGGGCAGCAGCCUGAGCACCAGCGUCCAGAACCUGGAGUCAGAGGCCGUGUUCGAGGCCAAGUUCAAGCGGAGCCGCGAGUCGCCCCUGUCGCGAGGGUUGAAGCUGCUGAGUCGCUCGCGCUCCGAGGAGCGCGGUCCCUUCCGCGGGGCCGAGGAAGACGACGGCAUAUACCGGCCCAGCCCGGCUGGGACCCCGCUUGAGCUGGUGCGACGGCCAGAGCGCUCGCGCUCGGUGCAGGACCUCAGGGCUGCCGGGGAGCCCGGCCUGGUCCGCCGCCUCUCGCUGUCGCUGUCCCAGCGGCUGCGGCGGACCCCGCCCGCGCAGCGCCACCCGGCCUGGGAGAGCCGCGGCGGCGACGGGGAGAGCUCGGAGGGCGGCAGCUCGGCGCGGGGCUCCCCGGUGCUGGCGGUGCGCCGGCGGCUCAGCUCCACGCUGGAGCGGCUGUCGAGCAGGCUGCAGCGCAGCGGUAGCAGCGAGGACACGGGCGGCGGAUCGGGCCGCAGCACGCCGCUCUUCGGCCGGCUGCGCAGGGCCACGUCGGAGGGCGAGAGUCUGCGGCGCCUGGGCAUCCCGCACAACCAGCUGGCUGCGCAGACCGGCGCCACCACGCCAUCAGCGGAGUCCCUGGGCUCCGAGGCCAGCGCCGCCUCAGGCUCCUCCGCUUCAGGGGAAGGCCGGAGCCGGCUCCGCUGGGGCCUGCCUCGGCUGCGGAAAGACAAGGGGCAGUCCCAGCCCAACCUCUCUGCCAGCGUCCAGGAGGACUUGGGUCAGCAGUACGUGCGCAGUGACUCAGACUUCCCUCCCGUCUUCCACAUCAAACUCAAGGACCAGGUGCUGCUGGAGGGAGAGGCGGCUACUCUGCUCUGCCUGCCUGCUGCCUGCCCCACUCCCCGCAUCUCCUGGAUGAAAGACAAACAGUCCCUGCGGGCGGAGCCCUCAGUGACCAUUGUGUCCUGCAAAGAUGGACGGCAGCUGCUGAGCAUCCCCCGGGCAGGCAGGAAGCACGCGGGCCUCUACGAGUGCUCGGCAACCAACGUGCUGGGCGGCACUACAAGCUCCUGUACCGUGGCAGUGGCCCGUGUCCCAGGGAAGCUCCCGCCCCCCGAAGUCCCCCAGACCUACCAGGACACGGCACUGGUGCUGUGGAAGCCCGGAGACAGCAGAGCGCCCUGCACUUAUACACUGGAGCGGCGUGUUGAUGGGGAGUCGGCCUGGCACCUCGUAGGCUCAGGCAUCCCCGACUGUUACUACAAUGUGACGCACCUGCCCAUCGGCGUGCCCGUGAGGUUCCGGGUGGCCUGUGCCAACCGAGCUGGACAGGGCCCCUUCAGCAACCCCUCUGAGAAGGUCCUUGUCAGAGGCACUCAAGAUUCCUCCGCUGUGCUCCCAGAAGCCCCUGUUACCUCAGGGCCAGCCAGGGCCCCGCCUCCUCCUGACUCUCCUACCUCACUGGCCUCGCCCCCUCCCCGGAUCCCAGCUUCCCCAGCCCCCCUCAGCCCCUCACCUCCCCCAGCAUCCCCCAGCCCAUCCUUGUCCACGCUCAAGGCUAGGGGCCCACUGCCCCAAACGCCCCCACGAAAGCACAGGGGCUUGCUGGCUUCUCGAACGGCAGAGCCCACCGCCCCCAAUGGCCAGGUCAUGCCUGGUGAGCCCAAGUCUUCCAUCCCUGACAUGGGGACCCCAGCCCCAGCCUCCACCCCUCGAGGAACUAAGCCAGUGUCUUCCACGACUCCUCAGUACAUGGUGACGUCCUUUGUGUCCGCACCCCCAGCCCCUGAGCCCCCCGCUCCUGAGCCCCCUCCUCAGCCCACCAAGGUGACUGUGAAGAGCAUCAGCCCGUCCAAGGACACUGUCAGCUCCCCUGGAAGUGGCACCCCAAUAUCUCCAGGGCUAGAGAACACCACACUUCGACAGGGCCCCCCUCAGAAACCCUACACCUUUCUGGAGGAGAAAGCCAGGGGCCGCUUUGGUGUGGUGCGAACGUGCCGGGAGAACACCACAGGCCGGACCUUCGUGGCCAAAAUCGUGCCGUAUGCGGCCGAGGGCAAGCAGCGGGCGCUGCAGGAGUACGAGGUGCUGCGGACGCUGCACCAUGAGCGGCUCAUGUCCCUGCACGAGGCCUACAUCACCCCGCGCUAUCUCGUCCUCAUCGCCGAGAGCUGCGGCAACCGGGAGCUGCUCUGUGGGCUCAGCGACAGGUUCCGGUACUCAGAGGACGAUGUGGCUACCUACCUGGUGCAGCUCCUUCAAGGCCUGGACUACCUCCACGGCCACCACGUGCUGCACCUGGACAUCAAGCCGGACAACCUGCUGCUAGCCGCCGACAAUGCCCUCAAGAUCGUGGACUUUGGCAGUGCCCAGCCCUACAACCCCCAGGCCCUGCGGCCCCUGGGCCACCGCACGGGCACGCUGGAGUUCAUGGCUCCUGAGAUGGUGAAGGGAGAACCCAUCGGCUCUGCCACAGACAUCUGGGGCGCGGGCGUGCUCACCUACAUCAUGCUCAGCGGACGCUCCCCCUUCUAUGAGCCAGACCCCCAAGAAACAGAGGCUCGGAUCGUGGGGGGCCGUUUUGAUGCCUUCCAGUUAUACCCCAACACAUCCCAGAGCGCCACUCUCUUCCUGCGAAAGGUCCUCUCAGUACAUCCCUGGAGCCGGCCCUCCCUGCAGGACUGCCUAGCACACCCCUGGCUGCAGGACGCCUACCUGAUGAAGCUGCGCCGCCAGACGCUCACCUUCACCACCAACCGGCUCAAGGAGUUCCUGGGUGAGCAGCGGCGCCGUCGGGCUGAGGCCGCCACCCGCCACAAGGUGCUGCUUCGCUCCUACCCAGGCUGCCCCUAGUGGCGAGGACCACAGCCGGCCUAGGGCUUCACCUCGGUUCCCGUGCCACUGAUGGAGGACGCCGGACAUUCCAGGGCCCACGCUGAGCCGGGUGGGCCUGAGGCUUUGACACCACCAGCACCAACACCUGGCCAGGCGAUUACCUCAUGGACCUGGGGACAGAGGCCUGGGCUUGGGCCUGCCACCACCCUGACAGAGCGGGAGAGCCCUUGGCCACGCUGGGGGGUGGGGUGGGGGGUCAGGAAGAAGGGCAAGAAGGGGAUCAGGAAGUG